AUGACAAGUGGUAGCAACACAAAUAAUACAUCAAAUAAUUUAAUCGGUGGUCUUGUCCCUGGUGGCGGUGGAGCAGGGGUCAGUAGUGGGGGGUUACAUCAUCAUAAUAAUCAUCAUCACCAUCAUCAUCCGCAUGACACGGAUGUAGACACACUAUUAUUGACAACAUGUUGGUCCCAAGCAAAUCCGAAUAACAAUAACGAAUAUUUAUUAGAUACACAAAAAUUGAUAUUAGAUAAUAGUGAUUUAGAAACAAAUAACAAUAACAGCACAGACGAUCAAAAUGAUUUAGCAACAAAAGUAACAAUGGAUGCGUUAGAUAGUCUGUUAUUAAACUCCACGGGAAGUGGUGGAAGUGGUAACAAUAACAAUGCAUCCUCAAAUCUAGCCGAAUUGAAACCAUUACCCCCAUUUACUGGUUACACAGCAAAUUUAAGUAUAAAUGGAAUUCAAGGACAUCAUUAUCAUGCAAUCGCGCAGCAUCAUCAAGCACGAUUACUCUCAUCCGAAGAAAAUAACAAUUCAACAACGAUAAUAACAACAACAUCCCCACAAUCACCCAACUGUGGUACGAUUUCAUCGAGGAAAAGUGGGAAUAAUAAUGGAAAUUAUAAUAGUCAUAAUAACAAUAACAAUAAUGCAUUUUCAUCGAAUGAACAUAACAAUCACAAUAUUGUUUCGAGUUCAACAUGUAUAAAUGUUGCAGCGGAUUGUACAAGUGCAGCACUUUCACCGCCGGAUUCAACCGUUAUAAAUAUUAAAUCAAUGAAUGAUCAACAUAAUUUAGCAUCGUUAUAUCAUCCCCAACAACAUUCUAGUGCGUCCGGUGGUGUUUUAGUAGACGAAUGUGUUGAUUCAGUGUCAGGUGGUGUGAAAUUAGAAUAUAGUGAUUGUAUGGUAGUAGCGGAUUCUUGUUGUGUAGUCGAAUCCGCCGGAAAUAAUCAUGUAAAAAAUGAAAUGAAUGAAUAUGAUAUCUCAUCAAUUGAAGAUAUUGCCGCAAUUAUUGGUUCAGCGAUUGCUGAUACAACUGUUCCUAAUAAUAAUCACCAUCAAUUAGAUUGUGGCCAUGAUCCACAACACUGUGAUCCAAAUUGUGGUGAUUCACGUGACAGUUGGAUGGAUUUAGAUGCAUGGAUUGAUGGUGCUUGUGUGGAACCACAAAAGAAUAUGAUUAUCUCACAAGAUGGAAUGUCGGAAUUUAUUUUACCACAUUCACCGCAACAGCAAUUAAAUAAUAAUUCGUCAACAUUACAAAGUUUAUUAACUCACGGUUAUAUGCCGUUGUUGCAAAAUCGCUUACAAAACGGUCCUCCUCCGGCUGUCAAACAAGAAGCACCAAGUUCAACGAGUUAUGGGGGUGUUGAUUUAAUAUCAACUUCUAGUCCCCCCGCGAAUGUUGUUUCCACAACCGAUAGUGUAAUGUUAAAUGGACGUUAUAUUCAACAGCAAUACGGUAACGUUUUAAGCGGUUUACAAGAUGAUCGAAUACGUAGUCCGGAUUUAUUAAAUUAUCCGCAUACAACAACCACACAUACGCCAUCAAUUCCAAAAAAACAACGUAAUCGUUCACAAAAGAAGGCACAUCAAUCGGCGGCUGCCGCUGCGGCUGUAGCACAUCAAGCAACAUCAAGUUCAAAUAAUAAUUCCACGUCAUCAUCAGUGUUUACUUCCGAACAAAGUUUAAGUUUAUUAGGUAAAGAGAAACCUGUACAUCGGUGUCAUAUUUGUAAUCGGGGUUUUUUAAAUAAAUCAAAUAUUAAAGUACAUUUGCGUACGCAUACCGGUGAGAAACCGUUCCGUUGUGAGACGUGCGCAAAAGCAUUCCGACAAAAAGCACAUUUAAUUAAACAUCAGCAAAUUCAUAAACGAAUUGGACGUGAUUAG